GGAAGGAGACGGCGAGGAGGGAAAGGGCGCGGGGGCGCGCGCGCGCGCUCCCGCCUCCCCUCCCCUGCGGCGUGCGCGCCUGCGCAGAGGGGCGGCGGCGGCAGCGCAGUGCGAGUGUGUCCGUGUGUCCGCCCGUCCGUCCGUCCGUCCGCGGCCGGCGCUCCGCGCGGCGCUGCGCGGGUGGGCGCGGAGCAGCUCGGGCGGGGGACGGGGACGGGAGGGGGGGCCGGCGGCGGCGGCGGGGGCGAGAUGAGCGCUGGGCUCCCCCUGGGCACAGAGCCGCCCUGUGAAUGAGCUGAGGCGAGGCCGCCAGCCGGGUGCCCCCCUCUUUCUCCUCCUCCUCCUCCUCCUCCUCCUCCUUGUCCCCCCCUCCUUCCCCUUCUCCCCCGCGCACCGCCGGGAGCGCGGCCCUGCCCGCACAGCCGGCGCCGACGCCGCGGCCGGGGGGAACUGAAGGGAGGUCACCAUGGGAGCAUUUUUAGACAAGCCAAAGAUGGAGAAGCAUAAUGCCCAGGGGCAGGGGAACGGGCUGCGUUACGGUCUGAGCAGUAUGCAAGGCUGGCGUGUGGAAAUGGAGGAUGCACACACGGCUGUGAUUGGUUUGCCAAAUGGACUUGAUGGAUGGUCCUUUUUUGCUGUCUAUGAUGGGCACGCUGGAUCGCAGGUUGCCAAGUACUGCUGUGAGCAUUUAUUAGAUCACAUCACGAGCAACCAGGAUUUUAAAGGGCCAGAUGGGCCACCAUCUGUGGAAAGUGUAAAGUGCGGCAUCAGAACAGGUUUUCUGCAAAUUGAUGAACACAUGAGAGUCAUCUCCGAGAAGAAGCAUGGCGCAGACAGAAGUGGGUCAACAGCUGUGGGUGUCAUGAUUUCUCCCCAACACACGUACUUCAUCAACUGUGGAGACUCGAGAGGUUUGCUCUGUCGAAACAGGAAGGUUCACUUCUUCACACAGGAUCACAAACCAAGUAACCCCCUGGAGAAGGAGCGUAUACAGAAUGCAGGUGGCUCUGUCAUGAUUCAGCGUGUGAAUGGCUCCCUUGCUGUUUCAAGGGCACUUGGGGACUUUGAUUACAAAUGUGUCCAUGGGAAAGGUCCUACAGAACAGCUGGUCUCACCCGAGCCUGAAGUUUAUGAAAUUGAGAGAUCAGAAGAAGAUGAUCAGUUCAUCAUCCUGGCUUGCGACGGUAUCUGGGAUGUUAUGGGAAAUGAAGAGCUGUGUGACUUUGUAAGAUCCAGACUUGAAGUCACUGAUGACCUUGAGAAAGUUUGCAAUGAGAUAGUUGACACCUGCUUGUACAAGGGAAGUCGAGACAACAUGAGUGUGAUAUUGAUCUGUUUUCCGAAUGCACCAAAGGUAUCACCAGAGGCGGUGAAAAGAGAGGCAGAAUUGGACAAGUACCUGGAAAGCAGAGUAGAAGAGAUCAUAAAGAAGCAGGGUGAAGGAGUGCCAGACUUAGUCCACGUGAUGCGUACGUUAGCAACUGAGAGCAUCCCAAACCUCCCGCCGGGGGGGGAGUUGGCAAGCAAACGGAGUGUGAUUGAAGCUGUGUAUAACAGACUGAAUCCCUACAGGAAUGAUGAUGCUUCUGGAUUAUCCAGAAACUGCCGCAAGGAUGGGCACUCCAGACUUUAAAGGGUUCCUUCUUUUUUCUUUAAGGAUUCUGCCUCAACUGAUGAUAUGUGGUAAAACUGCUCAUCUAGCUGUGGAGUUCACCUUUCAUCCUGCAAAUGAAAGUGCAGCCCAACCUCAGUGACCCUUCUUAACAUCCAUCCUCAACCUUAAUUAAAGAAGGGAAUAUGAUGUGUUGGUGAGAGUGACUACAGCAGUACGACAUCUAGCCCAGGAACUGAUCUUUUUUGUAAAACAGACUUCUGUAAACGUGAUUUCAAACCAUAAAUUCAUGUUGUAAAUCAGACUCCAGCAAUUUACGUUGUAUGAUUUUGUUUUUGUAAAGUGCAAUUGUCUUUGUACAAAAUGCUCAUAUUUAAUUAUGAACCGCUUUAAAUCACUAUAAAGGUUAGAAGAAAUGUUUUGGCUUGUGUGAUGCAACAAUAUAUAUAUCCCUUUUAAAAAAAUCAUGUUGUGGUUUUGGAUUGCAAGGAGCAGCAGCCUAGCCAGCUAGGUGCUCAAGAGGUGCACAAAACUGUUAAAGAUAACUUUUUGGUUUAUAUGAAAGCUGAACUCAUGGGCAGCCUACCAGAAAUUGCAGUGUGUGAAUUUCACUUGGCAGUGGAAAAAUAACUUAGGUGUAGUGCACAUUCUUCAACAAACAUACAUCUUUUUCUUGGAUGCACUCCUGCUGCAUUGAAUGGAAGGGAUUUGUGAUUUUGAGUUCAGUGGGAGUUAAAUCAUGCCCUAUUAACAGUAUCCUGUUCAUACAUGUACCAAUCUUGGGAUUAGAAUGCCUUGGUUCUUUGCACCUCUUUUUUCAUUAACCCUUAGCUGAACCUACUAAUCACUGAGCACGAAGACAACUUUCUACAUUAAGUAGGAGUCUGCAGCAUUUUUACAAUCCUGAUUGGCUGGGUCUGCUGCUGUUCCAAGAAAAGUACUCUGAAUUCCAUUUUAUCAAUAAAGCUUGAUUUAACAAACAAGA